CGUCGACCAAAGGAGUCUCUAGACGCCUUUACGAGUCUUGAGUGGGGUUUUCAUCUUUAUCAUGAACAUCGGAUUAAAGGACGCGUGUUUGCGUCUGUUGAUGGAGGUUUUGCUAUAAAUAGGGCUUGUCGCCAUGGUAUAAUCAAAUAAGUAUUUCUGAUCGAGCUUAUAUUGUUUGGGAAUCUGUCUCAAUUGAGUGAGUUUCGUGUGUGUGUGUAUAUUAACUUUAUUAAGAGAGAGAGAGAGAGAGAGAGAGAAAAGAGAGACUAUGGGGAUGUUUUUAAGAAGGGGCUGGAUAGUGGCGUCUGUGUUUAUGUUACUGAUGUCGACUCAAGUGUUGGGAAAAUUAUCUAGCAAAGAUGAUCAUGCCAAGAGCAAACACCGACAUCACAAUAACAAAAGAGACGGUGCUAGUGGAGGUGGAGGUGCUGGAGGUAGUAUCGGAGCAGGAGGUGGUGCUGGCGGUGGCAUUGGAGUCGGAGGAGGCAUAGGCGGUGGUGGUGGUGCUGGUGGAGGUGGUGGUAUUGGAUCCGGAGGAGGAGUUGGUGGUGGAGGGGGUGGAAGUGGUACUGGUGGUAAUGGAGGAAGCUGUGCUGGUGGUCAUGGUGGUGGUGGACGUGGUAGUGGUGGUGGUGGUGGACGUGGUAGUGGUGGUACUGGGGGAGGUGUAGGUGGAGGUGGUGGCGUUGGAGUUGGAGGGGGAUUUGGUGGUGGUGUAGGUGGAAGCGCAGGUGGAAGCGCAGGUGGAGGUGGAGGCGGCAGUGUUGGUGGAGGAGGACGUGGUGGUGGACGGGGUAGUGGGGGAUCUGGUGCUGGUGGAAUUGGCGGUGGAGGUGGUGGAAGUAUUGGCGGUGGAGGAGGUGUUGGUGGUUCGAUUGGAGGUGGUGGUGGUGCCGGAGGUGGAGUAGGUGGUGGUGCUGGAGGAGGUGUUGGUGGUUCGAUUGGAGGUGGUGGUGGUUCCGGAGGUGGAGUAGGUGGUGGUGCUGGUGGCUUUGGUGGAGGUGGUGUUGGAGGUGGUGCUGGAGGUGCAGUAGGUGGUGGUGCUGGAGGUGCAGUAGGUGGUGGUGUUGGAGGUGGAGUAGGUGGUGGUGCAGGUGGUGGUGUCGGAGGUGGUGGAGGUGGUGCUAUCGGAGGUGGAGUAGGUGGUGGUACAGGUGGUGGUGUCGGAGGUGGUGCUAUCGGAGGUGGAGUAGGUGGUGGUGCAGGUGGUGGUAUUGGUGGAGGAGGUGGUGGUGGUGGACGUGGUAGCGGUGGAGCUGGCGGUGGUGUAGGAGCCGGAGGAGGAAUUGGUGGUGGAGUUGGUGGAGGAGGCGGAGUAGGUGGUGGUACAGGUGGUGGUGUCGGAGAUGGUGGAGGUGGUGCUAUCGGAGGUGGAGUAGGUGGUGGUGCAGGUGGUGGUAUUGGUGGAGGAGGUGGUGGUGGUGGACGUGGUAGCGGUGGAGCUGGCGGUGGUGUAGGAGCCGGAGGAGGAAUUGGUGGUGGAGUUGGUGGAGGAGGCCGUGGUGGUGGACGUGGUAGCGGUGGAGCUGGCGGUGGAGUAGUAGGUGGAGGAGGAGUCGGUGGUGGAGUUGGUGGAGGAGGCCGUGGUGUUGGUGGUGGAGGUGCUGGCGGUGGUGUAGGAGGUGGAGUUGGCGGUGGUGUAGGGGCAGGAGGUGGAGUUGGCGGUGGUGCAGGUGCAGGCGGUGGAGGUGGUGGUGCAGUGGGAGGUGGUGCCGGAGGAAAUGCUGGAGGAGGAGUAGGAGGAGUAGGCGGUGGUGUAGGAGGUGGAGUUGGCGGUGGUGUAGGGGCAGGAGGUGGAGUUGGCGGUGGUGCAGGUGCAGGCGGUGGAGGUGGUGGUGCAGUGGGAGGUGGUGCCGGAGGAAAUGCUGGAGGAGGAGUAGGCGCUGGUGGUGGUGCAGGUGGUGGAGGCGGUGGAGGCGGUUUUGGCAGUGGUGUUGGAGGGGGUGGAGGUGGAGGACUUGGCGGUGGUGGUGGAGGAGUGGGAGGUGGUGUAGGAGGUGGAGCAAAUGUUGGUGUAGGAGUUGGAGCAGGAGGCGGUGCAGGAGGAGGAGCUGGUGGUGGUCUAGCGGGUGGAGGAGGAGUCGGCGGUGGUGUAGGAGGCGGAGCAAAUGUUGGUGUAGGAGUUGGAGCUGGAGGUGGUGCAGGAGGAGGAGCUGGUGGUGGUGGUGGUGGUGGCAUUGGUAACCGAAGACAUUAAAUCGGAAAGGGCAGUGACUUAACAAUUUGGUACUCCAUGCACGUUACUUCCAUGCAUGCUUAAUAUUAGUAAUGAAUAAAACAAGUCUUUCGUUGUGUUGCUGAGCAUGACUCGUCUUUUAAUGGCUAUAUCUUUCGUAUGUUGUAAUGCUUUCUGUUUUUGUUAUACCGUUGAUUAUGUCUCUGGAAUCUUCUGUUUCGUUGUAAACUUUGAUGUUCACUAAACUUUUUAUAAUACAAGUAGUUGCAAAAAAAUA